AUGGCAGACGUACCGCCUCCUUCAUUGUCCGAACUCAUGCGGAUGGUAGCCGAACUGCAACAAGCUAAUCAACGAAUGGCUGACGAGAACCAAAUAAUGGCUGCUCAAAUUGCUGAACUAAAUCAUGCUCGGAUUGAACAUGACGACGCUCAUCAGGCGGAAGACGAGGAGCAUCAGUCCCAACCGACUCAUGUUUCGGAAACCGCUCGGAAUGAAGGGCAGCAGCCAGAAGACGAGAAAGAAGAGUCCGAGGACGCUGUAGGCCCCUUUACAGAAGAAGUAAUGAACUUCGAACUGCCGAAGAGAUUCACUCUGCCGUUGACCUUCACGCCUUACGAUGGACUCGGAGACCCGAGGAAGUUCAUAAAGAAAUUCCGAUCAAUAAUGAUCGUCAAUGGUGCAUCAGAUACAGUUUUAUGUCGAUGUUUCCCGAAUUAUUUAGACGGUCCUGCACUUGAUUGGUUGUGUGCUUUGCCUGCAGGUUCCAUUUCACGCUUUCACCAGUUGGCGAAGUUAUUUGAAGAACAUUUUGCCGGAUCUGCAAUUUACCUGCACGACUCCGAUUACCUGAACACUAUCAAGCAAGGACCAAAUGAAAGCUUAAAAGACUAUAUGACUCGCUUCACCAAGGUCGCAAUCAGUAUACCAGAUCUCCACCCCGAGGUCCAUCUGCACGCAAUUAAAAGCGGCCUCCGACCCGGGAAGUUCCAGGAGACGAUCGCGGUAGCAAAGCCGAAGACUCUAGCAGAAUUUAGAGAGAAAGCCAAGGGACAAAUUGACAUUGAGGAGCUCAGACAAGCUCGGAAGUCCGACAAGUCACACUUCCGCGAAGAAGAGAAGAGCUCACCCAUUAAGAAAAGUUUUAAGCUAACACCUCGAUUUGAUUCUUAUACGCAGUUUAAUACCAAGAGGGAAGACAUAAUCAAGGAAAUCUUGAACUCCAAAUUAAUCAAGCCACCAAGAAAGGCAGGCACAUACCAAGAUACAAAAAACGUCGACAAAUCAAAGUACUGCACUUUCCACCAAAAACAUGGCCACAAUACCGAUGAUUGUGUGGUCGCCAAAGAUCUUUUGGAGAGACUAGCAAGACAAGGACACCUCGACAAAUACAUUGGUGGUCACAUCCAAAAACGCGGUCUGAGUUCCACAACAAACGAUGUCUCUGAACAACACCGAGGAAGAGAAAAGUCAUCUUCAAGCCAAUACGAAAGACCGCGAGUCACCCUACAGUUAGGAGAUCUAUUGGUAAAGAAAGUUCUCCUAGAUCCUGGAAGCAGUGCCGAUGUUUUGUUUUACUCCACAUUCCAAAAGAUGAAGCUCAACGACAACAUGCUACAAUCCACAGGAGGAGAUUUGGUCGGCUUCUCAGGAGAACGGGUUCCAGUACUCGGGUCAGUGUGGUUACAAACCACACUGGGUGAGCAACCUCUUUCCAAAACUAAUGAUAUUCAAUAUUUAGUAGUUGAUUGUUUCAGUCCAUAUAACAUUAUCCUCGGCCGACCGUUUUUGAAUAAGUUCGGCGCUAUUGUAUCUACAGUUCAUCUCUGUGUGAAGUUUCCAUUGCAGGAUCACCAGGUUGUCACAAUCCACGGUGACCAUAAAGAAGCACGACAAUGUUACAACAUCAGCAUGAAAUUCCAAAAUCGUUCAACAAAACAAGUCAACAACGUCGGCCUGAACCAAAAUGAGCACACGCUAGCCGAAUUGGACCCAAGAGCAGAUUUCCUCGAUCGCCCAAAACCCUCCGAUGACUUACAAAAAGUGUAUUUCAACAAUGACGCUAAUAAAUUCACGUAUGUUGGUAACUCACUCAAUGCAUCUGAGUUGCAGGCUAUAACAACUUUCCUGCAAGAACACGCCGACCUUUUUGCAUGGACGCCAUCAGACAUGCCCGGAAUAGAUCCAUAUAUCAUCAGUCACAGGCUGGCAACAAACUCGUCGAUCCGACCAGUGCAACAGAAGAAACGUAAACUCGGCGAAGAGAAAAAGAGAGCAUCACUGGAAGAAACACAAAAGCUCAUCAACGCCGAAUUUAUCAAAGAGAUCCGAUUCACCACUUGGUUAGCCAAUGUGGUAAUGGUAAGAAAACAAAAUGGUAAGUGGCGCAUGUGCGUCGACUUCACUGAUUUAAACAAAGCAUGCCCAAAGGAUUCUUAUCCUCUGCCAUCCAUAGAUUCUUUAGUGGACAAUGCGUCAGGCUACGCCACUUUAAGUUUUAUGGAUGCAUAUUCCGGAUAUAAUCAGAUAAUGAUGCACUCUUCUGAUCAAAAUAAAACAGCUUUUAUCACUGAUUUGGGUAACUAUUGUUAUAAAGUUAUGCCAUUUGGAUUAAAGAACGCAGGUGCAACUUAUCAACGCCUCAUGGAUAGGAUGUUCGCCAAACAAAUCGGCAGGAAUAUCGAAGUCUAUGUCGAUGAUAUGGUAGCCAAAACAAAAGUCGGAGAGAACCACAUCAGCGACCUCACAGAAAUCUUCGGCCAGAUCCGCCAGUACAACAUGCGCCUCAACCCCGAGAAAUGUGCAUUCGCAGUUCAAGGGGGUAAGUUUUUGGGUUUUUUGUUAACCCGCAGGGGAAUAGAGGCAAAUCCAGACAAAUGCCGAGCAGUGCUGGACAUGGCCAGCCCCAAAACAGUAAAAGAAGUUCAGCGCCUUACAGGGCGACUCGCUGCACUUUCCAGAUUUGUUCCUUGCCUUGCCUCAACUUCCAUUCCCUUUUUCCAAACAAUUAAAAAGAAAAAUAAAUUCGAAUGGAACGACGAUUGUGAGAGAGCAUUUUCAAAAUUAAAAACAACACUCUCACAACCGCCGAUUUUACAAAAACCCCUACAGGGGGAAGAUUUAUUUUUAUAUCUAUCAGUUACUGAUUGGGCGAUAAGCUCGGCCCUUGUUACAGAGAGAAACAACGUUCAGCAUCCAGUAUACUUUGUCAGUAAGACCCUCCAACAUGCAGAGCUCAACUAUCCAAGGAUUGAGAAGCUCGCACUAGCACUAAUAUUCUCGGCGCGGCGCCUCAGACCUUACUUCCAGAGUCACGUUAUCCACGUCCGAACCAAUCAACCAUUAAGACAGGUGUUACACAAGCCAGAACUUGCAAGCCGACUCAUAAAAUGGGCAGUCGAACUAUCCGAAUUCGACAUCAGAUACCAAUCCCGAGGACCGAUCAAGUCACAAUUCCUGGCGGAUUUCAUCGCCGAGCUUACAAUCCCAUCCGAAGAUGAUGAUGCAAAACAGUGGAUCCUAUAUGUCGACGGAUCUUCAAAUAACGGAGGCUGUGGUGCAGGAAUUCGUCUGGAGGCCGACGAUGGACUCAUAUUGGAACACUCAAUACACUUCGGUUUCAAAGCAAGCAACAACCAAUCCGAGUAUGAAGCACUACUCGCCGGAAUCCGACUCUGUUUAGACCUUCAAAUCUCGACAAUCAAGGUAAAAUUUCUUAUUGUCGGCAUUGAUUAUUUCUCCAAAUGGGUGGAAGCCCAACCUUUAGCAAAAAUAACAUCAAAACAAAUGAUUUCAUUCGUCUGGAAAAAUAUUAUUUGUCGUUUCGGCAUACCUCAACAUAUCACAACUGACAACGGUCGCCAGUUCGCCGAUCAGAAAUUUCAAGCUUUUUUGCAGGAUCUCAAAAUAAAGCAGCAUUUCGCAUCUGUUGAACAUCCUCAAACAAAUGGACUAGCUGAGACUGCAAACAAAGUCAUCCUUCAUGCACUAAAGAAAAAGCUAGAUGACGCAAAGGGACUUUGGGCCGAGCUAAUACCUGAAGUCCUUUGGGGAUACAACACCACCCCUCAAACAUCAACAAAGGAAACCCCAUUCAGACUGGUAUAUGGAUCAGAGGCGAUGAUUCCCCUGGAGCAAGCAAUCGCCCGACAGUACAACAAGUCGGUUAAAAGCAGAGCAUUUGUUAAAGGGGACUUAGUCCUCCGCAAAACUGAAGCUGCUCGGAAACCACCCUCACAUGGGAAGCUCGCCGCCAACUGGGACGGUCCAUACCGAAUAUCAGAAGUACUCGGCAACGGGGCAUACAUACUCGAAUUAAUCGAUGGACAAGUAUUACCCAAUAGUUGGAAUGUUUCAUCCCUAAAGAAGUUCUACAGAUAA